AUGUCUGCUCUUGCAGGCCUCCUUCUCGGACUUCUGCUCUCACUCUUCUCGAUUUAUCUGGAGAUGACCCGAAUCACCCAGGAACCGUUCAGCAUCAUGAAGGAAUUGAUGGGCCCUUUCCUUUACAUUUGGGUGUUCCUCUUCAUCGCAUGCUUUCUGUAUGGACGGUCCUUUUCCUCUUCCAAAAGCGAGAGAAACGUUGUGAAAGACCCCCAGGAAUGUCGCUCGGUCAUCUCUGCCACGACCUUCAGGAAGAUUGACAAUCAGCUCACGCCCCUGGAGUCCCGCGCAAAACACAACAAGAAGCUUCGUAUUGUAUUUGGUGUCGAGAAUGCCUUCACCACUACCGAUCCGCAAUUUUCGCAGCUCUUUACCAACUUGACUGGAGGACUUAUGCUGCUCCAGCCAUGCAAAUGGAAGACCUUGGCGGACAAUAUCGGUCACAACACCAGGCGCUGGCUAGAUACACCCAUACCAUCUAGCUCCCAUCGACUCUUCGUGCCUCUGACAACCAUGGUUCAAUCGUUGACCUUGCGCUUCAUUUUCCUGAGCCUUUUCAGCACUGUUCAGCACGUGCUCGAAGUCCCCGACGCCGCGCUCGUCAAGCUGGCAGAUGCAAUCAACUGCACUUGGGGAGCCGCCAAAAAAGGUUGCGAUGUCCCUGCCUUCAAGGAGAAUGCAUACCUGCAGGAAGCUUUAUCGGCCAUUUUUGAAUACAACUUGUCGGACGAGAGAAACAACCCUCUGAGUGUGAUCCUGCCGGGAUUCGAGACUUUAUGGCGGGUGGUUCUGCGGAUGGUGCUCGAGCUUGGCUUCCGUCGCGAGGCAGGCCACGAGGGCUGGACGAAGACCUUGGUGGAUUUUGCCAACAGCCCGAAUAGGUACAAGAUCUUGAGUCCGGGUUUGAGCUUUCUCGUAUCGGCGGAGGGUCUCGUCAACGAAACCUUGCGCCUCUACCCGCCUACUCGUCGAAUCUAUCGCGACUUUCAGCAGAGUAAGCGCAGCGAAACUACAACCACCUACGCUGCCGAUGUCGAGGCAUGCCAUCUGAGUCCUGAGAUCUGGGGACCUGAUGCCGCCGUCUUCAAUCCGAUGCGGUGGAGCAGUUUGACGAAGGCUCAGGAGGUAGCUUUCAUGCCGUUCGGAGCCACCCCCUUCCAGUGCCCUGCUAGACCAUCGUUUGGACCAAGGGCUAUUGGAUUGCUGGCCGGCGUGAUACUUCGCGAGCUUCGAAAUGAAUGGACACUUAACAAGGGAAGUGAUACCGUGAAAGUUCCGGAAUUGAAGGGAAGGCUGAGCAAUGAGAGGGGCGCAUACAGUGAUCUCUUCUUGGUGAGAGAUGACGAUCUUUUCAUGCUUUCCUGACUCUAAAUAGAUCUAUUAUGUUGCCAGAGCCAGACUAGAGCUAUCAUUUCUCUCAUGUUCCCUGAGCCUUGUUAACAAUGGAACCAAAUCUUCAGCUUCUGAUCCUGUAUACUUAGUAGAAAGCAAUGUUCGACUGCAUUCAGUCGUUUGUAGA